AUGACAACCACUCAUUCGGCUGCUGGUGGGCCAGAUGGUACCAACCUUUCUCUGACCACCAGCAGCUCGUACUACACCAGCAUCUCAUCCCAGUCCGGGUCGGGGCUAAAACAUAUUGAUCUUCAAGAACAGCCAACCUCCGAUGCAAGUCUGCAAAGUAUAGAAGACUCCAAUGUCGACCCCGUCCCUCCCAUCAGCAAAUGGGCUGAUGCCGUCCUCUCGUCUGCCCUUUCCGACAUUUCCAGCGAGAACCUAGAAAGCAUGUUUUGCGAAAAUUCCACCCUAUCCGUCUCGUCGAUUCCAUCAUCAUCCUCUCUCUCCACACCCGCUUCGAAUACGAAUACCGCGAUCGUGAAUAACCUCUCAUCCACUCCGGCGAACGCGAACGCGAACGCGAACACUCCCGUCCGCCAGCCCCGCAAGCCUUCGCCCGGUCUAGCAGCUCGCCUCAAAGCUCUUGGUUUCGGCACGAAGACCUCACCGCCAACCACCCCGACCGACACCUCCGCGCCUUCCUCCCACCUGGACCGCGUCGGCAAACUCGACCAACAACAUAUCCGCCAAAUUGACGAAUCCCACCUGCAAAACUCGAAACCCACGACCGUCGAGCGUCGCGGUCGCCCUUGGAAGGGUCUUGGCCUUGGCGUCCCAUCCCGACCGGGCUCUCGCCGCUCCGCCAGAUCACCUUCGCCUCGGCCGGCGACGUCGGCAGACGAGGCAACCCCUGAGCCUUCUCCAGCACCCACACCUUCCCCCGUCCUCUUGCCAGAAAUCAGGACCGAACCACCAUUGAAUAUGGACACCAACAAAUACAGAUUGCCCGAUCAUGUGAAUGGGAAUGGCACAAAAGUACAGCUCGAGACGCGCCGCGAACAUAUAGAACGCACCGUUCAACCUCCCUGGCCUGGCGAAGCGCCCCCACCCCUUCCGCCGAAGGACUCGCCUCCAGCGCCCCCUCUCGCGCAUCAUUCGUCUCAGCCUGCCGGUGCAGCCUCGGUAGAAUUCACGCCCGACCUUGCCAGCUACUUUACACCAGGUCACCAACGCCCCGGUUCAAUUUACACUCUGUCCCGUCUCUCAUUUGCCAAUCAGCUGGCCCAGUUGACUGCUCUUCAGCUUCCUGACGCCGAGUCUCUUUCGAGUAGAGUCUCUGCCAUCCCAACCGCCCAAGCCGCCACCACCGCCCUAAUCAAUGCCGCCGAACAGAUACGAAGCUGGAUCUCGAAAGCCUCCGAGGUUAUCAACGGCCUUGACAGCGAUGACGAUGUCGAGUGGGCCGCCGCCGGCGGCCGUGAGGGCCUCGCAGAGGUCGAGAAGGCCAUCCUGCGAUUCGAGGAGCUUAUUAAUGUUUACGUCUCAGCCAUCGAAGAACUGCAAAACCGCAUCGACAUUGCGCAAGUUUCUCCGGACGACCUCAACCGCGCCGUGAUUCAGAUGGAAUCCAUCAUGAACGAGUGGACGGCAAUACGUACUUCACUGCACACGGUCAAGGAGCAAGUUGAGAUCGCCAUGGAAUGGGAGGAGCUCUGGAAUAAUGUCCUUGGUGAUAUCCAGGACGAGAUGGACGAGCUAUCACGUCUGGUGUUCGAAAUGGAAGAGCGCCGGCACAAGUCUCUCAUGGCUGCUGCGAGCGGCGAUGGUGUCGACUUCGGCGAUCUCGAGACGAUAGUAGAAGAGACUCCACCGAGCAAGAAGCCUACGGCCCAGAACCGUUUUAGCCUUCCAGCCUUCCCACUGAGCCCCAGUUCACCCAGUGCCGCCAACAUGACCCUCGACGACUCGAGUCUGCUAGCACUGUUUGCAAGGAUGCAGCCUCUUCGCGCUUCACUUGACUUCCUUCCGAUGCGGCUCUCGGUGUUUCAAGCGAGGGCGGAGGACUCAUUUCCUACUGCCUGCGACGAGCUCGAGAUGAGGCGUACGGGUCUCGACGCUAGCUACAAGAAGCUCGAGAAGGAUGCAGAAUCUCUGCGAAAGGAAUUGGGCGAGGACCGCUGGGUCCUUGUGUUCCGAGGCGCUGGCCGGAAGGCGUACAAAAUGUAUGAAUCCGUCGAGCGCUCGGUCUCGAAAUUGAAAGAAGGAAUCGAUGGCGGACUCAACCUCGCGAAUCCGGCCCUGAUGAGCCAGAAGAUUGAAAGUUACGAAGCCAAGAAGACACACUACGGCCCUGCUAUCGAACGCGUGUUGCUCAUUAUCGACAAUGGUGUAAAAGAUCGCCUCACCGUCAAUGGGGAGAUUCUUCGUCUCCACCAGGAAAUCCAGUCCAAGUGGGAUGGUUUGAAGGAGCAGAUGCGAGACAUGGAUGCUAUCGUGGAUGAUAUCCAGUCGGGCAAACAAGGCCAGCAGCUCCGCGACAGCAUCUCUAGUAUGCUUUCUAACGAUCGGUCGACGGUUGCCAGCGGCAUGGAAACUCCCGGAAGCUCCCCUCCUUCCUCCGUCAUCAUGACAACUCUCGGCCUCGACCCGUCCACGCCCUCGGCGAAGAUUGCGAAGCACAGGUCGCCGUCUGCUAUGGCUAAGCGGCGCCAUUCCUCGCUACCGACUCCAGCCCAGGGACCAAAGCGAGCCAGCCUCGCCAGGCUCCAUGCGCUAGCAACACCUUCACACGUCACGCCUCCACCUCCAAAACCUACCCGGCCCCCAUCGACCCUUGGCGCCAGACCGCCUUGGAGCAUCUCAUCCAAUGCCUCUCAGGUAGACACAGGCCACAAUUUCAAACCACUCAGCCUUACUUCCCCGAGUCCGUACGCGAAGAAGACGCCGACUACUGUGAGAUCCACCUCAUCUCUGACACCCACCUCUGCUGGGUCUAAACUCCCAACGCUCCGAUCCCCUAUCGGUCGCGCCGUGUCCGAGUCGCCGAUGCCGCAACAAGAGACACCUACUCGGAACCUUCCGUCGAAGCUCUCCUUCCGUGAGCGUCUCACCUCCCCUGGCCCCUAUUCGCAACAGACUCUGGCCAAAACUCGCCUCUCCAACCAGCCUUCGGUAUCGUCUCUCGAGUCUCGUCGCGCUUCCAUGCAGCCACAGCGGUCUUCUUCAGAAGUACGCCCUUCGCGGCCCGCUAGCUCUCUUGCUACGACCUCGCGGAGGGGGAGUAUACUACCUCAACCCUCUUCGAUGCAAGCCGGGGGCGUGUCUGGACGUAAUAGCCCUCAGGCAGUAGCGGGUGCUCGUCUUGCCAUGCAACGGGCCACAUCCGACGUGAAACCGAAAGACAACAAGCCGCGAUGGCGCUACUAG